AUGUCAUCUUUUCCAUCGCUGUUUGGCGACGGCCUGCCAAAGUACAAGUACACGCCUAUACCGCCCGGCGCCGCGCGCACCUUUCGUCUCGCCAGGCUCCUCCCGCCCGAGCCCUCCUUGAUCCCGGGCCUCGAGCCCACGAUCCGGAUUUCCCUGCUCGAGUGCGAAGCAGCAGGCGGCAGCGCCGGGCAGUCCACCGCCGCUGCCACCGCGUCUAUUGAAUACGAUGCGCUCUCGUACGCCUGGGAUGUGCCGCCCUGUGCGAAGCGUCCGACGCGGCGCGUCAUUGUCGAGACGGGCGGCGAGGGACGCUUCUCCCUGCUCAUCUACCGCCCGCUGGAGCGGGCGCUGCUGCGCUUCGCCGCGGCCAACGCCAAGGACGAGGACGAGACGGGGGGGCAGGGGCCGAGGUAUGAUCUCCCCAUGUUCAUCGACCAAAUCUGCAUCAACCAGGAAGACGACGGCGAAAAGGCGCAGCAGGUGCUCCUCAUGCAGGCCAUCUACACGCACGCCCGCCGCGCCGUCGUCUGGCUGGGGCCAGGCACGGCCUCGUCGGACGCGUGGUACGCCUACGUCCGGGCACUCUGCGCCGACGGUGUCAUCGCCGGGGUCAUGAGCCUGCCCUUUGCCAGCAUUAUGCGCAUCUACGAUGGCGUCGUGCGCCCGGCCUCGGCCGCCGCCCCGCUCGCCGACCCCGGCGAGACGCGGGACCGCGACGACCUCUUGGCGCUGACCGAGGGCUUCGCCAGCCGGUACCCCAUCGCGGGCUACCUGGCCGUGCUGCGGCGCUCGUGGUUCAGCCGGCUGUGGACGAUCCAGGAGGCGUGCCUCGCGCGCGACGUGGUCAUGGUGUGCGGCGACGCGGUACUCUGCUUCGACUGCUUCCGCGCCGGCAUGUUCUUCUACACGGUGCAGAACAACUACUGGGUGAGCCGGUUCAGCGGGCCGCUGCCUCGAGAGGAGAUGCUGAUGCGCACCGCCGCGUUUGACGCCACCGAGGGCUUCAACCGCAUCUACCAGGAGCGCAAGGCCAUCCACCGAGGGCGCGACGGCGGCCAGCACACGCCGCUGCACGAGCUCGUCAUCAAGCACGGGUUGGUGAGCAAGGAGCGGUGGAAGGUCGGCGCGUCGCUCGCGCAGGACCGCAUCUACGCCCUGCUGGGCCUCGCGGCCGCCGACGACCCCGUCAAGGCGCGGCUGGGCAUCUACUACGACAAGGAGGACCAGGCGCGGGCGCAGGUCAGGGCCUACACCGAGGCGACGGGCCUGUUCCUGGAGCAGGGCCGCAUGGACGUGCUGCUCUUCAACCAGCUCCCGAAGAAGACCGAGGGGCUGCCGUCGUGGGUGCCGGACUGGGCCAUGGACCUGGUGCUACCCGUGGCGUGGCAGGCGCUGCACCAGCCGGCCUUUGCCGCAGGAGGAUCGUCGCAGGUUGCUGCUGCUGCCUUGCCCAAGGCCGACGUGGCAGCGGGAAGCAUCUCCGUCACGGGUGUCCCGAUCGGCCGUGUCGCCGCGAUCGGUCAGGCAACGUACAAAGCGGAAGAUGACCCGCAGUUCCUGGAGCAGAUUCGAUACUCUGACGCUAAGCUCAUGUUUGACGAGGUCGACAGCUUUGUCCAUUCGGCCCUGACCAACAACGCCGCCGCCGCCGCCGCCGCCACGCCGCCCUCUCCCGAGACUCUCGCGCACACCAGCCUGCGCGUCUACGACUCAGGCCUCCUCGCCCGCCAGCUCAUCACCGAGCUCGGCUCUCCCGCAGCCAGCAUGCAGCGGCUCCUCACCGUCCAGUCCUCCAUCUCGCGCCUCGGCGCGCGCAUCCUCCGCUCCGCCACCAACGCGCGCGCCUACUCCCUCUUCAGCGUCUACGCCACCGUCGGCAUCACGCCGUGGUACGUCGACUACUACCGCGCCACCACCGUCCUGCACCGCCUCGCCCGCGGACCGGCCCCCCUCGCGCGCACCGUGGUGCUCGCGCUCGCCGACCUCGUCGAGGACGUCGUCGUCAGGAGCGAGCACAUGACGGCGUUUCUGACCAACCUCGAGCGCAACAUCGGUCGGCGCGUGUUCCGGACCGACGAGGGCGGCGUCGGCAUGGGGCCCGGCGCGAUGCAGACGGGAGACGCCGUCGUGGUGCUCAACGGCCUGACGACGCCAAUGGUGCUGAGACCGGGCGGGACGGGGACAGAUGAGUGGACAGUCGUGGGCGAGGCGUACUGCGACGGGGUCAUGGAUGGCGAGGCCUUGGGUGUGGAUGAGCGACGGUUUGUGCUGGUCUAA